UCUCAAUCCACAUGGGACAGAUGUGUUCCUCGCGGAGCGCACAGUGUGCAGCACUUCGACUCCAGCGCGAGCACAGUUCUCGUGAACUCCACUGAGAUUAGUCAUUUACGGAGCCCCCCUGGGGGUCACAUGGUAAUUAGAGUCCAGGUGUUGCUAUUUCACGACAUCGCGAAUUGGAGCCUGUUGUGAUUUAUUUUUUCUUCUAUCGCGUGCAGAAUGUAUUAAUAGCUAUUUUUGACUCCAAAUACGGUAAUGAUCAUUAAAGCAUUGACAUUAUCUGCACACCCAAAACCCUUAGAUUCCUAUUUAAACAUUAUUUUAUUCAGGUGAUAAAGAGGCACUUGUUUUGAAGUCCACAUCUCCUAAUUUCCGGUAGUGAUUCACCUCACAGUGUGUAGUUUGGCGCAACUGGACCUGCAUCCCUGCGCGGAGUCUCCCUCCCUCUCUGUGUCUGGGUGUCUCCCCAGUUGAAAGCCUCCACUUCUCGCCCAGGUGAGACAUUUUUGGAGUGCCUCAUUGGAACCGCAACCUGCUGAGAAGAUGACGGACUCCACACCGCCAGAAUCCACCACCGUCCCGGACCCGGUUGUAGUGGACCCCACGGCGGAGAACGGGCAGUGCGAGCAGGCGGACUUCCAGCAGGAGCAGCAGCAGAAGCCCAACACAGAAAGCCAGGGAGAGGGUUUCAAGAUGGACCAGGAGAUGAAGAUAACAGACAGCUUAGAGGACGGAGGUCUUCUGGAAAGCAGCAUGCGUCUGAAGCCUCAUGAAGCACAGAGCUACCGCAAGAAAGCUCUGUGGGUGUCUUGGGUGUCCAUCGUGAUCACAAUCAUCCUGGCCAUCGUCGCUUUCACUGUUUCCAUCAUGCGCCACAGCGCUUCAGCGUUUGGAUUUGCUUUUGAUGCCGCACUGGAUGUGUUGUCCUCCGUCAUUGUACUGUGGCGCUACAGCAACGCCGCAGCUGUCCACUCUGCACACCGCGAAUACAUAGCCUGCGUGAUCUUGGGCGUGAUUUUCAUCCUCUCCUCCUUGUGCAUUAUGGGUAAAGCCAUCCACGACCUGUCCACCAAGCUGCUACCUGAAGUGGAUGACUUCCUGUUCAGCGUGUCCAUCGUCAGCGGCUUGUUCUGCGUCGCCCUGGCUGUGGUCAAGUUCAUGCUCGGCAGAGUGCUCACGAGCCGGGCCCUCGUCACUGAUGGAUUCAACUCUCUGGUGGGGGGGGUCAUGGGGUUCUCCAUCCUCGUCAGUGCUGAAGUGUUCAAACAUGAACCGCAGGUGUGGUACCUGGACGGGACAAUAGGCGUCCUCAUGGGUCUCAUCAUCCUCGCCUAUGGAGUCAAGCUGCUGCUCGACAUGGUCCCCCGGAUGCGACAAACCAGGAACUACGAGCGCUUUGAGUGACGGACCGCAGAGGGAGAGGGUUUGGGAGGGAGGGGGCUGACCGCCCGGCAGCAGAGGGACCGUCUCUGCACAGACUUUCAGUCCUCGAGGUGCCGUGGAGGCUCCAGUACAGUCCUCCCACUCAGAGAUUUGAAGUGAGGAUCGAGGCCGAUGAGGACGGUGCGGCGACUUUUAAGUGUUUUACAAUUCGGUGUACAUCUAAUAUCUUUACGUGUCUUUUAACAGUGAAUGGGGCUCGUUCUUCCUGCCUCCGUGUUUAAACAAGAGGGUUAAAAAGAUAAAGUGAAAGGACUGCAGCGUGCCGGAGAGAUAUGGAGAGCUCCUUAGAAGCAACAGAUUGUUGUACAGUAAGUUGAUGAUGCAGUACCUCAGUUACACCUCGUCGCCCUGUCAAAACACAGCAGUUUAUUUUUCCCAUGGUUCCUAGAGGCCUUUGCUCAGCUGUGCUAUGAAACGCAGCAGGUGAGAGCGAUGGAUGUAGAGGAGGAUUAAUGUUGUUUUAAGACACCAGAGGAUAUAUCAAUACAUUUGGCACAGGGAGCAGGUAUACAAGCACAGAGGCUCAGAAACAUGGGACUUGUCGUUUACAAUAUUUAUCUAUACUGGGCACUGAUUCAGCAACCUAAUGCGAGCGCCAGCGCCAGCUUACCGUCCUGGAGGAUAGAAACCGUGUUUUUUGGCAUCCAGCCACAUCAGAGAGUCAUGACCUGACGCAGCCUCCAAAUCACUGACACUAACAGAAGGUAAAUAACAGGAACUCGCUCAGUAGCGUCAGGUUGUGACAAACCCAAGAAUAUUAUUUGUAAAUGUGUAACUAGCGCCAUCUACUGACCAGAAGAGGUACCUUAAUUUGACUUUACAUAGUUCAAUUUGUUUCUAAUCGAUGACGUCGGUGCUAAUUUGCUUCGUCACUUGUUCUGUCCCUGUACAUGGUUACUGUUCCUGGCUCCACAUCAGUGAGAGUAUCCGCCUCACGCACGCUGCGGGGAUGGUUUUGGACACCAGACAAGUCAAUACUCAUCCUGAUAUCGAUACGUUUCCUCUCUUAUCUGGAGCUGCUGUUUGUUUUGGGAUUUAAAAGGGAGCAGCGGAUUGAAGUAUGUUGACUUGUGGCGUUAUAACAGUCAUAAUGCAGAUUAAUCAUUUACUGAUUAGUAUAAAAGAUAUUUCUGGUGUUAGUCGACGCUCCACUUGCCGGUUCGAGCGGCUCAUUAUUGAAUUUUUUUAAAUGGUGUUUACUUUUAUCCUGAAAUUUCAACGUGAAUAUGUGUAAAAGCACAAAGCGAGAGUUUACUGAAGCACAGUGGCGACUAAUCUGCUCCCAGGCAUUAUUUACUAAAGCUUGUCAUUACUGUGGAAUACCACCUGAAUCCACCCGACAGUGUUUCCUCCCGUCUGUGCUCCUCCCCGACUCCAAAGCCUUAAUCGUACUGCUCAGUGUUUGGUGAACAUGAAUGUAUUUAUCAGGUGUUUGACUGUCAUAGAUUUCAGGAGCAGGAGAGAGGACGUGCUCAUUUUCUCCUGCAGUAACUGAAUGUACACACUGUGCUGUGAGACUAGUUUGUACAGCGCACACAUGUGCUCCUGUGUUGAAUCACAUUUAAAGGCAUAAUAUGUAACAUUUCCACAUUAAAAUGUCUAAAACUGA